UUGCCUUUUCAGUCAUCCAGGCAACAGCUUCCAUGUGAGCUGUGCAAGCGAAGUGCAGCUGGGAAGCAGCUGAGUGUAACUUUUUACACAGAACUUACUCUGCUGAGCUGAGGAGAUUGUGAGGAGGUUAAAAUGACUGAAAUGGAAGCAGACACUCCCAGGGACAAAGUGAAGGAGAUUGAAAUAUCUGAUCAGAGGAAAGAUCGUGAGAAGAAGAAGCGCUCCCGGGUGAAACAGCUUCUUGCAGACAUCGCUAAGCAAGUAGACUUUUGGUUUGGUGAUGUUAAUCUUCACAAAGAUAGAUUUAUGCGGGAACAGAUUGAAAAGUCAAGAGAUAGAUAUGUUGAUAUUUCCACACUGGCAUCAUUUAACAAAAUGAAGAAACUGACGACAGAUGUUAAACUAAUAGCAAGGGCUGUGAAAAACUCAUCUGUAGUAGAGCUAAAUCUUGACAGUACAAAAAUCAGGAGGCGCCAUCCUCUGGGAGACAAACCGCAAGAUGUGGACAGUCGCACAGUGUAUGUGGAACUAUUACCUAAAAAUGUCACCCACAACUGGAUUGAGCGUGUAUUUGGUAAAUGUGGUACGGUGGUGUAUAUUAGCGUCCCUCGAUACAAAACCACAGGGGAUCCAAAAGGAUUUGCCUUUAUAGAGUUUGAGACCCCGGAACAAGCUGCUAAUGCAAUUGAGGUUUUAAAUAAUCCUCCUGAAGAUGCACCAAGAAAACCCGGACUGUUCCCUAAAACAGUGAAAAAUAAGCCAAUUCCAGCACUGAGCGCAUCAGAAACACCUGUUAUUGACGAAAAGAAAAAGAAGAAAAAAAAGAAAGCGAAGACAAGAAAGGAAAGCUCAGACAAAAUGUCAGAUGAAAAUAAAGAACAAGAUAUGGACAUAGCUCCUGCAGAAGGCAACAAGUCAAAAAAGCAUAAGACUGUAUCUGAGAGCUUGUUGACAGAGUCAUCUGAUGCUCAGAAACAGACUUCCAAAAAGAAGGAAAAAAAAUCAGAGAGCACAGAUGAAGCCGAAGAAAGCCGGUCAGGUAAACGGAAAAGAAGCAGCUCAGAUGAGUGCGACUCCUUGUCUGCAAAGCAGAAAAAAAUAGAAUCUAAAGAUGACCCCAUCUUUACAAAGCCACCUACUGUAUCUACUGGCCUUGCAGAAUGUAAAGAGGUCUCCACAGAGGAAGAGCAAGAUGCUGGAGAAAAAAAGGAUAUAACCAUGUCCAAAGUGAAGAGAAAGCGGAAAAAAAAGCACAAAGAGAGGCUCCGUGUAGGUGAAGAGGUUAUCCCCCUGAGAGUCUUGUCAAAAAAGGAAUGGAUGGACCUCAAGACUGAGUAUUUAAAUCGACAGCGAGCCAGCAUGACCGUCCUGAAGAAAUCAAUUCGUGAAAUGAAUAAUGCUUCAAAGGAGGAAAUGGAAACAGAAUCUGCUUUGGAAGACCCUGACCUGAAAAAUGACAAAGGAGAGAAUGAGAAAACCGAGGCACUCGGCCCCCAGUUUGUGAGUGGUGUAAUUGUAAAGAUCACAAGUUCAGAUCCUCUUCAAGGUCGCAAGCAUGUUAAGGAUGUUCUGUCAGGGAUAUCUGAUGUUGCCUAUGUGGACAUGCUAGAAGGGGAUACAGAGUGCCACGCUCGUUAUAAAACUCCUGAGGAUGCCCAGGGUGCACUGAAAGCACGUAGUGAACUCCAGACCAAGCACAACUGGAAGCUGAAGAUUCUCUCAGGAGACGGUGAACAGCGGUAUUGGCAGAAGAUUUUGGUAGACAGGCAGGCAAGACUUAAUCGACCUCGUGAAAAGAAACGUGGUACUGAUAAGUUGGUUGCCAAAGCAGAGAAAAUAAGACUGGCUAAAACACAGGAAGCAAGCAAACACAUUCGAUUCUCCGAUGGAUUGUAAAGCUGCUGGGAUUCUAUUUUGUUAACUUCUGCAAGAGUCAGAAACACGUCUGUUCUAUGAGCAGUGUUCACAAAUUUAUAUAUUUUAAAGAAAAAAAGAUAUUAUAAUCUUCAAAGUAGAUUUGCUUUAAAUGGACUGUAUAAUGCUUUGAGCCGUUAUGUUUGUGUGUAUUUGUUGUUGCAGUGUGUUUUUUUUUAUUUAAGUAUUUUAGCUUCAUUAGUUCAGGGCUUCAAUAGUAACAACAAUUAAAAUGACAACAUACGUUAUUUCAGCUCUCAUACAAUUGCAUUAUACCUUUUUAUAAAAAUAAUUUCCCCCUAGCAAUACUGAUUUUGUUUAUGCCUUAAAAUUGCCAAUUAGUAACUAAAAAUAUGAUUAUUUUUUUUUCUUAUAAACAAGAAUGUAUUCUUAAUAAAAAAUCUGCUUAUGCAUUUCCAUUUAUUUUUGUACCCUUUUUUGUUGUUAAAUAAAAUGUUUUAAAUAUGUUGUA